AGUUCAGCAGCUUGCCAUUGGUGCAAAAUCUUACGAAAACAUUUGUAAAAGGAGGCAUCUUUCUUCUAUCUCCAAUAAACCCCACCAGCAAUACACAACAAUUGCCACAACAUCAGACGGGAAGAAGAAGUUGGAGCGUCCUUCAAUAGAAUCGUUGAAAUAACAAUGGCAGGUGCAGAGGCAGGAUCAGGGAAAGGGGGUGGUGCUGCUGGAGAGGAGGGGAUGUCAUUGAAAGAUAAAGGCAAUGAGUUUUUCAAAUCAGGGAACUACCUCAAAGCUGCUGCUCUGUACACUCAGGCCAUAAAGCAAGACCCCUCAAAUCCUACCCUUUAUAGCAAUCGAGCCGCAGCAUUUUUAAAUUUGGUUAAGCUUAACAAAGCACUUGCUGAUGCUGAGACAACAAUCACAUUGAAUCCACAGUGGGAAAAGGGAUAUUUCAGAAAAGGAUGUGUAUUAGAGGCCAUGGAACGAUAUGAUGAUGCCUUAGCUGCCUUCCAAACAGCUCUGCAGUACAGUCCCCAAAGUGCAGAAGUAUCAAGAAAGAUCAAGAGGCUUUCUCAGUUGGCAAAAGAUAAGAAGAGACUGCAAGAAAUGCAAAACUUGAGAUCCAAUGUAGAUAUGGCAAAAAGCUUGGAGCCAUUGAAGACUGAGAUGUCUGAAAAGUAUGGAUCUGAAGAUUGUUGGAAAGAAAUCUUUACUUUCCUUGUUGAGACAAUGGAGACAGCUGUAAAAUCAUGGCAUGAAACUUCAAAGGUGGAUCCUAGAGUCUAUUUCCUUCUUGACAAGGAGAAGACACAGACUGAUAAAUAUGCUCCAGUAGUCAAUAUUGAUAAGGCCUUUGAGUCUCCCCACACACAUAGCAACUGCUUUUCUUUUCUUAGGCAGUAUUCUGAGGAUUCUUUUUCCAGAGCGGCUUGCUUAGUGACACCAAAAAGUAUCAUUGCUUAUCCACAGGUCUGGAAAGGCCAAGGCUCUAGGAAGUGGAAACAUGGGCAACAAGAUGGUUUCUUUGUGCAGUUUGAGUCACCUUCCCUGCGAAAACUAUGGUUUAUUCCAAGUUCCUAUGAAAAGGGGCAAACACUGUGCAGGGAUCCUGAGGCUCUGGACAUUAGCGCUCAUGAAGUGCUCCCAUGCUUGUUCAAGCAGAAGCUCUCAAAUUCUUAGUAUGAUUUGGCUUUGCUUGUAUUUCAUUUAAAGAAAGCCCUGGCAUAGUGUUAAAACUUGAAUGGGAGGUUCAUAUAUCCAAAAGAAAACAUACAACUCUCAGUGUGUAUGUCUUGCUCUGAGUUUGGAUGCAAGCUCCUUGGAUGUCUGGAAAUUUUGCAACAAGGUGCUUUCUAAUUCAUAGCAUUCAGGUCUUCAGUUUUGAAACCAAGGAACUUUUUAGGCAUUUUUGAGUUAUUGCAUUGUGUGGAUGUUCCUUGUCAGAAUCUUUGCUUUUGUUUCAUUCAAAAAUUUAAGAGCUUUUAUUGCCAAUUCUUGUCUUCUAUUGUGAAGUGUUGGAAUUGGAGCUGGUUGGUUUUGGCUUUGCUAUUUAAUGAUGUAACUCUGAAGAGAGCUCUAGAAAAUGUUGACUGUUGUCUGUCAUCAUAAUUUAUGCACAAUUUUUGACUUGCAGCCUGUUUUCCUGUUAUUUAAUAUAUUCAUUUUUUGUUG